UUUGUCUACAAGUUGGUCUAUUGUGUAAGUGUUUUGUGCUAAGAGAAGAGAGAAUUGGAUUUCGAAUGAGUUAGCUGAAAAAUCCAGCUUUCGGCUGGCUGCCAAGCAUUUCAGCUGGCUCCCCAGAAAUCGGCUGACUGCUGAUUUCUGGAGUUUUUCCAGUUGGCUCAAUCCUUAACAAUGAAUACCAGUUAACUUUUUUCGUACCCUUUCUUUCUUUUGUUGAUCAUUUUCUUUCUUUUGUUUAUGGUACGUUUAACUUCUAUUUUUAGUACUAUUUGCUUUUUAUGAGUACUUUAUCCACUAAAUAUGGAGCACAUUACAAUUACACAAAGCGAGACUGGUCUAAUACAGGGAUAAAGGGGCUUGACAUCAUCAAAACCAUUUCAUCAAAAAUCAGGGGACCUAACAUAAACAACAGAAAAAUAACCUACUCGGUGUUCUCGCGCGUGAUGGCACCACAAAUGAUUCACGAGAUCAUUUUUAAGGGGAGUGUGCACCACAAUGCUCCUGAUUCAAUUAUGUCAUAUCAUGUAGGCAUGCAAAGUCGGAGUAUCGUGGUUAAAAUCAAAUUGAAAGUGCACAACAGUAUAGUCAUACUGCACACUAUAGUCUUGAGUACUCGCAUCAUCAUCAUCAAUUUUUUCAUACUCGUCUUCUACUACCAGAUUGUGUAAGAUAAUGCAUGUGAGCAUUAUAUCACAUAAUGUCUAUGUCUCAUACAUUUGGUUGGGUCCUCGUAAGAUAGCCUGUCGCGUUUGUAAAAUGCCAAACGCUCUUUCCACAUCUUUGCGAUAGACCUCUUUCCUAGCAGCAAAGAUGCGUUUCUUGAGGUGUCAGGGUUACUAAUUGUUUUAACAAAAGUAGCCCAUGUGGGAUAGAUUUCGUCAGUUGAAUAAUAACAUUAAUUGUAUAUGGUAUUGUUUGUCAUGUACUUGACUUGAUGAGCGUGUCGUAUCCAUUAACAAUGACAUCAAAAACUGGAGAGCAUCCAAGUACGUUAAAGUCAUUGUUGGAACCCGUUGUGCAAAAAAAUGCAUGCCAUAUCCAUGUGUCGUACGAAGCAACGGCCUCAAGCACAGCAGUUGGUUUGUGCUUGUGCCCAUUGAACUGUUCCCGUAUGACAAUUCCUCCAUUCUUAUUGCAUGCAGUCGAUGGAACCAAUCAUGCCGGACAAACCUCUUUUGUAGCCUACUCAAGAAGACGGUGGAGGUCAUUGGGGUUUGGUGUUCGCAAGUACCAAGAACUGUGUGUUUCGAUAAUUGUCUUACAAAAUUUCUUCAAACACGACAAAGUCAGGCUCUCCCCCAGAUGACAUAACUAAUCUAAUGAAUCAACAGAGCACCCAUUUGCUAGCAUGAAUAUGACACUAGUAAUUUUUUGGUGAGGAGAAAGAAAAACCUUAUCCAAUGCAUCUUUUUUUGGUGCGGAGAAAGGAUCGGCUUAGCACCACAUCAUUCAUUAUGCGAUCAAAUAAAGUCGGUUGCAUGCGAAAACGACGUCAGAAGAUGUGAGCGUUGUAAGUUGGGUUUGGACUCUAAUAGUUAUCCAUCAAACGUUGGUGGCCAUCUUCCCUGCCUCGGUCAAUGUACUCACGACCACCGGAGCUUGAAGAAAUAAGUGUCGCCAUAACAGCCACUCUCAUACGAUGAGCGUCGGCCUCAGCAUCAUCAUACUCAUCCUAGGCUUUUGUCAUAUCAGGAUAAGAACUCAUGAUUAAUGAAUAUUUUUGGGUGUAUACAGAAAUGAGGAGGAUUGAG